AUGGACAUCCGGAAUAACCUGACCCGGUUGAAUAGGCUUGAGAACUGCACUGUGAUCGAGGGCCACUUGCAAAUAUUGCUGAUGUUUAAAACCAAGCCUGAAGAUUUCCGUGAGCUCAGCUUUCCCAAACUGACUAUGAUUACGGACUACUUACUGCUCUUUCGGGUAUAUGGCUUAGAGAGUUUAAAGGGGCUUUUCCCCAACCUCACUGUGAUUCGAGGAACUCAUCUCUUCUUUAAUUAUGCUCUGGUCAUUUUUGAGAUGGUUCACUUGAAAGAGAUUGGCCUUUAUAACCUGAUGAACAUUACUCGAGGUGCAGUGCGGAUCGAGAAGAACAAUGAACUGUGUUACUUGUCCACAAUCGACUGGUCUAGGAUUUUAGACUCUGUGGAAGACAAUUACAUCAUUGCCAACAAGGAUGACACAGAAGAGUGUGGAGAUGUGUGUCCAGGAACUGUGAAAGGAAAAAGCAACUGCCCAUCUACUGUAAUAAAUGGCAAUUUCAUUGAACGCUGCUGGACCCAUGAUCACUGUCAAAGAGUUUGUCCAUCUGCUUGUAAGUCACAAGGCUGCACCUCUGAUGGUCACUGCUGUCACAGCGAAUGCCUAGGCAACUGCUCGGAGCGCAACAAUCCUGAGAAGUGUGUGGCUUGCCGUAACUUUUACCUUGAUGGCAAGUGUGUGGAGACCUGUCCAGCCAAGUACUACCGCUUCGAGGGGUGGCGUUGCGUGACCUUCAGCUUCUGCCAGGAGCUGCACAACAAGUGCAAAAAUGCCAGGGAAUCGGGGUGCCAUGUUAUUCACAACAAUGAGUGUGUUCAUGAGUGCCCAUCGGGAUACAUCAUGAACUCCAGCAACCUGCACUGUUCUCCAUGUGCAGGGCCCUGUCCGAAGGUUUGUGACUACGGCAAAGAGAAGAUAAUUGAUUCAGUGACAUCUGCACAGGAGCUUCGUGGCUGCACCAUCAUUAAUGGAAGUUUAGUCAUAAACAUCCGUGGAGGAAAUAACAUAGCAGCUGAGCUUGAAGCGAAUCUUGGCUUGAUUGAAGAAAUCUCAGGUUACCUAAAAAUUCGCCGCUCCUAUGCCUUGGUUUCUCUUUCUUUUUUUCGUAAGCUACAUCUGAUUAAAGGGGAGACGUUAGAAGCUGGGAAUUACUCCUUCUAUGCCCUCGACAAUCAGAACCUGCGCCAGCUCUGGGACUGGAGCAAACACAACCUCAGCAUAGCAAGGGGGAAGCUCUUCUUUCAUUAUAACCCCAAACUCUGCUUGUCAGAAAUCCACAAGAUGGAGGAGAUCUCUGGGACUAAGGGACGUCAGGAGAGGAAUGACAUAGCCCAGAAGACAAAUGGCGACCAAGCCUCUUGUGAAAAUGAAUUGCUGAAGUUUUCGUUUAUCAGAACAUCUCAUGAUAAGAUCCUACUAAAGUGGGAGCCGUACUGGCCACCUGACUUCCGUGAUCUCCUAGGAUUUAUGCUUUUUUACAAGGAAGCUCCAUACCAGAAUGUGACCGAGUUUGAUGGACAAGAUGCCUGUGGAUCAAAUAGUUGGACAGUGGUUGAUGUUGACCCUCCCCCACGGUCAAAUGAGCCGAAAGCUCAGGCCCAGCCGGGGUGGCUCCUGCGGGGGUUGAAGCCGUGGACUCAGUACGCUGUGUUCGUUAAGACGCUGGUCACCUUCUCGGACGAACGAAGGACAUACGGUGCAAAGAGCGAAAUUAUCUAUGUCCAGACCAAUGCUACCGUUCCCUCAGUCCCAUUAGAUCCAAUAUCGGUUUCCAACUCUUCGUCCCAGAUCAUUCUGAAGUGGAAGCCGCCCUCUGAGCCGAACGGGAACAUCACACACUACCUUGUGUUCUGGCAGAAGCAGCUGGAGGACAGCGAGCUUUUCGAACUCGACUACUGCCUGAAGGGACUAAAAUUGCCGUCGAGGACUUGGUCUCCCCCUUUUGAAUCUGAAGACCCUCAUAAAUAUAAUCAAAGUGAAAACGAGGACAUCAGUGGAGAAUGUUGUUCCUGUCCAAAAACUGACUCUCAAAUACAGAAGGAGCAGGAAGAGUCUGCCUUCCGCAAAAUGUUUGAGAACUAUCUCCACAAUGAGGUGUUUGUCCCCAGAAAAAUAACAUCAGGGAAUGGAACUGAGGACUCUAGGCCAUCACGAAAACGAAGAGAUCUUGGCAGUGUGGCUAAUGCCACUGUGGUGGUACCCACCAUCCCAUCUUCAUUGAAUACCUCCUCUGCAAUAGCACCUGAAACUGUAGAGGAACAGAAACCUUUUGAGAGAGUUAAGUCUAAGGAGUCCUUGGUUAUCUCAGGUCUGCAGCAUUUUACAGGGUAUCGCAUUGAGCUCCAUGCUUGUAAUCAUGAUGCCCAAGAAUUCCGGUGCAGUGUCGCAGCAUAUGUUAGUGCCAGAACCAUGCCAGAAGCAAAGGCUGAUGACAUUGUUGGUCCAGUUACGCAUGAGCUGGUCGAAAAAAAUGCUGUUCAUUUGAAGUGGCAGGAGCCAAAGGAGCCGAAUGGGCUAAUUGUGCUCUAUGAAGUGAAUUAUGGGCGUCUUGGGGAGCCAGAGGCACACCGCUGCGUUUCUCGUAAGCAGUUUGCUAAUGAACAGGGCUUUAAGUUACGUGGACUACAGCCUGGAAACUACAGCGUCCGAAUCCGAGCCACCUCGCUGGCAGGAAAUGGGUCGUGGACAGAGCCCACAUAUUUCUACGUGGCUGAUUAUUUGAACCCUCAGUCUAAUAUUGCUGUUGUUGUUGUCCCAAUCAUUUUUUCCAUAAUAAUUGCUGGAAUUAUUGGAGCUGCCUACGUAUUUGUGAAAAAGAGACAAACUGAAGGACCAACUGGGCCGCUCUAUGCAUCCUCUAACCCGGAGUACCUGAGUGCCAGUGACGUUUAUGUGCCUGAUGAAUGGGAAGUCCCACGAGACAAGAUUAACCUUCUCCGAGAGCUCGGCCAAGGCUCCUUUGGGAUGGUGUAUGAAGGGAUAGCCAAAGACAUAGUGAAAGGGGAGCCAGAGACUCGGGUAGCUGUGAAAACCGUUAACGAAUCUGCCAGCCUCCGGGAGCGCAUUGAGUUUCUGAAUGAAGCUUCUGUAAUGAAAGGGUUCAGCUGCCAUCACGUGGUUCGCCUCCUAGGGGUGGUCUCAAAAGGACAACCCACACUGGUUGUCAUGGAACUGAUGGCACAUGGAGAUCUGAAAAGUUACCUUCGCUCCCUCAGACCUGAUGCUGAGAAUAACCCUGGCCGUCCCCCACCAACUCUCAGAGAGAUGAUCCAGAUGGCUGCAGAGAUUGCAGAUGGUAUGGCUUACCUGAAUGCCAAAAAGUUUGUCCACAGGGACCUUGCAGCCCGUAACUGUAUGGUUGCAGAAGAUUUUACUGUAAAAAUUGGAGACUUUGGCAUGACCAGAGACAUCUAUGAGACCGACUAUUACCGUAAAGGAGGCAAAGGGCUGCUGCCUGUGAGGUGGAUGGCACCCGAAUCUCUAAAGGAUGGUGUCUUUACUGCUUACUCAGAUGGGUGGUCAUUUGGAGUUGUCCUUUGGGAGAUAAGUAGUUUGGCGGAACAGCCAUACCAGGGACUCUCUAAUGAACAAGUGCUAAAAUUUGUAAUGGAUGGAGGAUACCUGGAUCAGCCAGACAACUGUCCAGAGAGACUGCACAGCCUGAUGCAGAUGUGCUGGCAGUACAACCCCAAAAUGCGCCCUACCUUCAUCGAGAUCAUUGAGAUGCUGAAGGAGGACUUGCACCCCAGCUUCCAGGAGGUGUCAUUCUUUUACAGUGAAGAAAACAAACCUCCCGAGACAGAGGAGUUUGAGAUGGACUUUGAGAACAUGGAGAGCAUACCCCUUGACCCUUCCUCCUAUUCGCAGAGGGACAAAGUACUGGGGCGGGACAAUGGGCCCUCCAUGGGCCUCAAGGGGAACUAUGAAGAGCAUAUACCUUACACUCACAUGAACGGUGGCAAGAAAAACGGGCGGAUUCUGUCCAUGCCUAGGUCGAGCCCUUCCUAACACCUCCUGUUUGGCCCAAGGGUUGUGUCUUUGCUUUUCCCCUCUGUGAAUCUCAGGACUCUUGUUGUUGCUGCCACAGCGUAUGACAUACAACUACAAAUUCUCUGUUCAGAUUUUUAAUCAUCCUAUGAUUAAGAGACUUUUUUUUUGACAAGUUGAGUGGUUGUCAAUGGACUUAUCUGUGAACAUAAAUGGAAAAGGUUUCCAUGGUGGCUGUCCCUUCUGUAGCCAUGGUUCAAAACAGGAACUGACCUUGUAAAUUAGGUUGAAAGAAGAGAAUCCACAUUU